CGUUCGCCCCGUUUAGGGUUCCAUCACGAUGGCAUCGUUCGCGCUGCAGAUUCCCGCGGCCAUCAAGUCGAGCUCCUCCGCUUUCUCCGGACGGCUCCCAUCCACCAACAACAUCGGGUCGUCUACGGUAUCUCUGUCGGUUAGGAAAAAUGGGGUUUGCAAGUGCGUGGAUGCUCCUCCUGCGGAGCAGUAGACCGAUCGCCAGAAGAAGAGCAGCACACAUUUCAAAGUACCCUGAUGCACAAGUCAUAAGCCUUGGCAUUGGUGACACCACAGAACCCAUUCCAGAAGUUAUAACUUCUGCCAUGGCUAUGAGAGCACAUUCUCUCUCAACUGUUGAGGGAUAUAGUGGUUAUGGAGCUGAACAAGGGGACAAGGUAACUAAUUAUAGUGGUUAUGGAGCUGAACAAGGGGACAAGAAACUAAGGGCUGCUAUAGCCUCAACAUAUUACAAAGACCUUGCUAUUGAUGAAACUGAUAUAUUUGUCUCAGAUGGUGCAAAAUGUGAUAUAUCUCGGCUUCAGGUCCUUUUUGGAUCUGAAGUGAAGAUGGCAGUUCAAGAUCCAUCGUACCCUGCAUAUGUAGAUUCAAGUGUUAUUGUGGGACAAACUAGCUUAUUUCAGAAGGAUAUUGAGAAAUAUGGAAACAUUGAAUACAUGAGAUGUGUACCUGAGAAUGGAUUUUUCCCAGAUUUGUCAACCAUUUCACAUGUUGAUAUUAUAUUUUUUUGUUCACCAAACAAUCCCACGGGUUCAGCAACGACAAGAGACCAGCUGAUCCAUCUGGUUCAGUUUGCACAGGACAAUGGCUCAAUUGUUCUUUUUGAUUCUGCUUAUUCCCUGUAUAUUUCAGACGACAGUCCACGUUCUAUUUAUGAGAUUCCUGGAGCAAAAGAGGUAGCAAUUGAAACAUCAUCCUUUUCUAAAUAUGCUGGAUUCACUGGUGUUCGCCUUGGCUGGACUGUUGUCCUGAAGGAACUACUUUUCUCUGAUGGUUUUCCUGUUGCCAAGGAUUUUAAUCGUAUAGUUUGUACCUGUUUUAAUGGUGCAUCGAACAUAGCACAAGCUGGAGGCCUGGCUUGCCUUUCUCCCGAGGGUCUGAAGGCCAUGGUUGAAACAAUCAAAUUCUACAAAGAGAACACCGAGAUAAUUGUUGACACAUUUAAAUCGCUUGGCUUUGGGUACACUUUCCAGGCUGAAGCGGGUUUGGAUGUGGUCACCACCCCAGGAAGCGGGUUUGGACCUGCAGGUGAGGGCUUUGUUAGGGUCAGCGCCUUUGGUCACAGAGCAAACAUAAUGGAAGCUGCCAAAAGAAUCAAACAGCUUUACAAGUGAUCUAGAUUGCUGUUGAAGACUGUUUUGGAAUGGUACAAUUGUGAUGCAGCAACACGUUGGUUUGGUUUGUUCAUCAUCACAUGUCUUGAUUUUAAAAAGAUACAUUUGUUCGCAGGGAGGAGGAAUAAGCAGCCUCUAGGGCAAAAUAUGAGACACCGUGAAUUUUCUGUGGCUUUUGGAAUGUUCUGUAAGGUUUAAUCACAAGGCUAUCAUGUUUUUGUUGAUUUUAUUUGAGAAAUGCCUGUUGAGUAGCUGAAUUUA